AUGACCUUUACUCCGAUUGUUCGCCACGGCACAGGGCCCAGGUACCAACCCACUUCUGCCUCCACAUCCAAUGGCAAGAUUGUCCUCUCAAAGUCGCCCCCAGUUGAGCUCGCCGGGGAGAACGAUGAACGCCUAGGGCUUCGGGAAGAAUACCUCGUUACCGAGGACGAAUACACAGGCACUGAAAGCUCUUCUAGUGGUACGGCUGCCUCCGGGGAUGAUAACGACAACGCCAACUUCACCGAGGACGAAGUCCUAUGCACUGAAGGCUCUGUCAGUGAGCUUGCUGCCUCCGAAAAUGAUAAUGAUAACGAUAACGAUAACGAUAACGAUAACGAUAACGACACCGACGUUCCUGCUCCUACUCCUACUCCUGCUCCUAAGAAAGCAAGGAAAGCAGCAGCCUCUCGUGCUACCACCGCUACUACUACCAAAGACAGGAAGAAAGCUCCCAAGAAGAUUGCGAAGAAGAGCAAGGGUAAACGCACCCCGAAGCGGAUCAAGGCCGAGCCUGCUACCUCCGACAAUGAACACGAGGACAUUGAAGACUCUGCCCAGGAAGAAGAGGCGCCAGACGCCGAUACAAAAAAGAGACGCCGCAGGGUGGACACUAUGGCUAAAACCGAGCAAUUGUCCUCUACAGACUUUACAGCGAUCUUUAUCGACGGGUACGGCUUCGACGUUCCUGCGGAUCCGGUGGAGUGCUUUCAUAAGUUGUGGUGGGGACUGGCAUAG